GGUGUCGCAGCGCCAAAGGACCCAAAACGUCACAAUAAAACCCAAACAGCAGCGAAAGCACAACCCUCUAUCUCUCUCACUCUUCUCUCCGUCCCGAUCUCUCCGCCAUCGAAGCCAAUAUCAGAACAGUCAUGGACAUUUCUUAAGACCUCUCCGAUAAUUCUUUUCAAGCUUUUAAGCAUUUUCUUUUAUUUUUAGUUUUCAAAAUGGACGAAGAUUUGCUGAAGCGAAACACCGAUUGCGUCUAUUUCCUGGCUUCUCCCCUCACAUGCAAGAAGGGAGUUGAUUGUGAGUUCCGGCACAGCAAGAUUGCGAGGCUCAACCCAAAGGAUUGCUGGUACUGGUUGUCUGGGAAUUGUCUUAAUCCAACCUGUGCUUUUAGGCAUCCUCCACUGGAUGGGCAUGGUGGAGCACCGUCAUCAGAGUCUGCCCCAUCUUCUGUAUCUGCAAACAAGACAAUUGUUCCUUGUUACUUUUACUUCAAUGGGUUCUGCAAUAAAGGUGAUAGAUGCUCUUUCUUGCAUGACAUUGAAGGCGGUGCAUCAACUGAGAAAUCUCCAAAGACAGCCUCUGCAUUUAAUGACAUAUUUGCACUCUCUUCAGAAAAUAAGGCAUCUGCUGGAAAUGACAUGAUGCCAGGUCCAAGAAUGGCACAUCUCAACCCUUCUGAAACUGCCUCAAAGGAAACAGUUGAUACAAGAUUCCAGCCCAAAGAGGAUCUUAAUUAUUUCGAGCAGUCAGCACAGAGAGAUGUUCCACAGCAAAGUGUCUCUCCUCAGAUUUCUGUGUCUGGGGAUGAAGAGGCCACUGAAAUUAGGUCUGACUCACUACCGGCAGACGGCUCUGUUCAUAGCAAAUCUCAUUCAUCCACAGAUCAGAGUUCUGAUGAGCAAGCUGAUGACCUUGUGCAAGAGGAAUGGUGGGAGUCCUCCCCAGGCUUUGAUGUUCUUGUUGAUGGUAAAUCAGAGAAUUUGGGUUGUGAGGAUGAUCCGGAGUGUUUUCUGACACUUGACGGGGAGCGCAGGGAGCUCAAUAGCCACUUCUUGGGCUAUGAAUUUGAAAAUCCCGAUGACUAUGUUCCUGUGUGCCCUCCUGAUGCUGAACUUCUAUAUGAGAGAGAUGUAUAUGACUCCUAUGAUUUUCUGGAUAACAAGCAUAUGCUUGGUAAUGAUGGGAAAUUUCCUGGCUAUGCAAAGGAGACAAUGUCGGAUGCCAUAUACUCCCGCAAGAGGAAACUGAUGCCAAUGGAAUUGGCUGUCUAUGACGAGGAUUUUUUGGAUGUUCGAGACUGCCUGAGAAGGCGAAGGAUGACUGAUUGUCAUUCAAUUACUGGUUUAUCAAGAAGGCAUGAAGCACUUAGGUUGUUUGGUAGAAGCAGGGAUAUGCCUCAAACGCAUGGUAUGGGUUGGCGGGUGCAUGGAAGAUUGGCAUCAGAAGUGAGAAAUAGCACUUAUGGAUCACUCAGGGAGAAUGGAGCUUCCUCUAGUGCUGGAAUUCAACGCGUUUCACUUAAGCAUUCACAGCAAUAUAGGCCUAGGAAACAUCACAAGGAGAGAAAGCUGGCUAAGCAGAAGCUUCCUUCAUCUGGAGUCUCAAAGAAACGAGUACCAAGGGAGAAGAGAUCUGCACAGAAGUCAACUACCUUUACAGGACCCAAGACCCUUGCCCAGAUUAAAGAAGAGAAGAAGAAAGCAGAAGAAAAUAGAGAUCACGUUGGGAUAAUGAGGCAUGUGAGAAGAACUAGAGUGGACUUCCAGGGUCCCAAACCUUUAAAUGAAAUUCUAAAAGAGAAAGGAAAGAUAGCUGACAAGAGGGAAGGAAAUGCCGGCAGCAACUGAAGAGAAAUUCUGAUACGAAACAUGCUUUUACUCAAUGAAGAGUGAUUUUCGGGUGGUGAUGAUAAGAUUUUGCUAGAUAGAAUUGUAGAAAUAGUUGUUGUUUUGUGUUACUAGAUGAAGCUCGUGUCGUGUUGGCAUGGUGUAGAAGCUUCCUGGCAUUUAGGAAAUACCCCUUUUUGGAAUCAACUUUUCGCUAUCAGAUAUCGUAGUUACUGAUUUGGAGGCUAUUGCCAGAACCCUGCUGAUGCACUAUCUUCAAAGACUUGGCAUCUUUGUAUUGGGCUUGUUUUGAUUUUUGUACAAAUAGAGCCACAUAUCACAUCUUGCCGCUAUGGUUUUUGCUCA